AUGGACGUUAUUAUAACUGCACUUGGUGAAUUUAUUUGGGCGUCAUCGUGUGCUGUGGUAAAUUUUUGUCUUAGUUCAGGUCUUAGUGUUCUUGCUGUCUUUGCCUCAUUUCUUUGUGCUAUUCUUGCAUCAGCCUUUUAUAAAUAUUCGACAAGUCAUCAACAUAUGUCGCUUGAUGAUGCUUCAUGUGACCAUAACAAUUAUGAUUACAAUGAUCAAGACAAGCCUACUGCAGUAACAUCAACAACAGAACAGUCAAUAGAACCAUCAUUACCAUUAAUAACAAUUGAAGAAUCAGAUGAUACUAAUAAUAAUCGAUCAUUAUCAGAAAUCGACAUAUAUGUAGAAGGUAAUACAAACGUAAAUAUAGUAGAUAAUGAACAAACACCCUAUAAUAUAUUAAUUGACACUAUUGAAGGUUCAGAAGAAGAAAUUCAAAAACAACAAAUAGCUAAUAUUUAUCGUCUUUUAAAUGAUCAAAAUUUAAUUAAUAAUUGGACAACAACUGAUUUUCUUGAUCAACUUAAAAUGUAUGGACUUCAGACAUAUGAUGAAGAAGAUGAACUAGAAUCACCUUAA